AUGAUCAUGGCGGGCGCCGCAAGCGGCGAGGGCGAGUCUGAGAGGGUCGGCGUGGCGGAGCAGGGGCAGCUCGAGGACAUCCUGAGGAAGGCCGCGGCGGAGAGACGCGCCGGGCGGGCCAAGCUCGCGGCCGACGAGUUCCACAAGGCAGCGGAGGCGAAGCGCGCCGAGGAGGAGCAGCUGGAGGCCAUGCCACAGGGGAGCAUCGAUUCGCAGCUGGCGAGGGUCCAGUCGCGCAGGACGAACACCGAGGCCAAGGAAGAGGAUGUCGACAAGGAGGAGGACGAAACAAAGGAGUUCUUAGCGGAGGACGAGAACAGAGACCUUGCGACGACCGACCAGAUCGACAAGAUGCAGGAAGAGCAGGAGAACAUGCAGGGUUUGAUGGACGUAGAGUCGGAGCUACAACUACGCCUCGCGAAGCGGAACAAGGUGCCUGGGGCGGUGGCCGUCGACAAAUUUGGGUUGGAGAUCACCAAGCAGCCGGAGUGCGAGAAGGAAAUGAACACCAUUUUCCGCGACGAGAAGUGCUUCGUCGGCCACGAGGAGGAGGGCCCAGACUCGCCGGGCGAGAUCAGCGCCUACGGAGCCGCGCAGGACCAGAAGGGCGAGUGGGAGGCGGCCAAGGAGGAGUUCUGGAAGGCGGACCGAGCUCGACUUCGUGCCCGCGAGAAGAAGGGCGACGUGGAAUUGUUGCUGAAACAAUCGCACAACGCUACUAAAAAGGCCGACCUGGAGCGGGAACUGGCCGUGACCUCGAAGGCGCUCAAGGAAAAAGAGAAAGUUUGGAUGCGCGCCAAAGACUCGCUGGAACAGAAGAGCGUUGAGUUGGAGAAGGCGUAUUCCGAGCUGCGACGUACACAGCAAGGUGUGGAGAAGAAGGACCUCGACAGCGUGGAAGCAGCUGACAAAGUCCGGGCUCAGGCGAAGAAGCAGAUCGCGACGCAGGAGGAGCGCGCAGGAGACGUCGAGGAGGAAGAGGCAAAGGUUCUUGACGACAAGGCUCGCAGGGUCGGCGACGAGGCGGAGGCCGCGGAGGGCGACGAGAAAGAUGAGCUCGAGAAGGAGGCCGCGUACUACCGGAAGUGGAGCAAGGACGCCCACGACGAGGGGGCGUCGUUGCGCAAGCACAAGAUGAAGGACGCCAUAGAGUCGAACUCGCAGCAGGAGAGCGAUUUGUCGCAGACCAAGGAGGCCCACCGUUUGGCCCUCGCCGACGCCGCGAGCAUGGGACGCGGCCAAGAGUUGCUGACCAGUGGCGGCGGGGACGCCAAGACGGAGGCCAAGCUUGCGAAGGACAAUGGGCUAAUCGAGUCCAGCCUUCAGGACUCGGCCAACGCGGGAGAGCAGUUCCAGGAGAUGACGGCGAUGCGCAUCGAGGCGGAGAGCCACAGGAACAAGGUCGCGCUCCGGGAGGCUCAGACGGAGGACAAUCUUAAGAAGAUAGCGGACGAGAGAUUGCUGGUCGCGAAGGCCGCCAAGUCCGGCUUGUCGGGUGCUUCCCUCCUCGCCAGCGGCCUCAUCGUCCGGCCGCUGGCUCUGCCGCGAAGAAGAAGCGGGCGCCGAGCGCGGAUCUUGGCGGAGCGCGCCGGAUGGGCUGGCCACACGUUCUUGUGA